UGGCCCCCAUAUUCACCUGAUCUCAACCCUAUCGAGCAUCUUUGGUGGGCUCUGAAGCGAGAGGUUUACCGACUUUAUCCAAAUAUUGAUAAUAUCAACACAGUAGAUAGCUGGGCGGAGUUUCAAAAUUGCUUAAAAACUGCUUGGGUAGCCAUACCCGACUCAUUGAUUCAUACACUAAUCACCUCUAUGCCACGCCGAAUCGAAGCCUGUAGAGCUGCAAGAGGCUACCAGACUAAAUAU